CACACGAUUCCCCUGACCCAUAUCUCCAUAUCUCUCUGACACCUCAUUUUCGUCUGAUUUCAUUGGAUAAUUCGAAAACCCAUCUCCAGAUUCCCACUAUUUCCAAGCCUUUAAGUACAUUUCCUCCUCAUUUGUUGCUGUGGUAUUCUACCGACUCUAGAGGUUGAGUUCCAAAAACCCCAUUUGGGUUUUAAUUCCAUUCGUGGUGAAUUCAAAUGGGUUGGUUUGGUUUUACUGAGUUUUGAUCGAAUUAGCUCUGUUUGGGUUUGGAUUUGGAGGUAUAGAUGGUGUUUUCUUGUUGAAUUUUGUUUCCAGUUGUGGGCAGAAGAUGAGGGUGCUGUGAAUACUAUUGGGUUGUUGAGUGUGUAUAGUAAUGUUGCCUGUUUGUUCAGCCACCACUAGCUGUUCUUCUCAUUCUCAGAUAUCCUUCCAUGGAGGGUCACGAUCCUUUUCUCCAUCCCGGAAGACUUUUGAGAUUAGAUGCCUUGCGGAAGACAGGGUUGUUUUAGGCUUGUCAAGUGGAGUUCAUGCUCAUGGAGUUUCCUUAAAAGCACAAGUUUCAAAAUUGUCUUAUUCUAGUUUUGUUGACAGUAUUGAAAAAUCAAGCUCUACAGAGCCUACCAGCAUUUUUUCCUGCCCAAAUGUAUUUGAUGGCCUUGAAUGCAGAUCCACUGAUAAGUUUGUGGACAGUUCUGGUCUGUCUGGCACAGAAGAGAAGCUAGUGGACUACACGGACCAGUUAACUGAAAAUGCAAAUAUUUUAUCAGGAGCUCCUAAUCUAGAAACCAUAUCAACCACUGAUAUCAUUCCAGAUAAUCCCAACUCAGUAUCUGACUCCUUUGGCGUGGAUAACGGUUCAUUAUCCAGUUUGAAAACCAAUGCAGGAGACCUUUUUUCAGGGAUCAAUGAGUCCAUAGGCAGUUCUGUUGAUAAGGGACAAACUGCUGUAAAAACCUCACUGGAUACAAUUACGUCUUCAAUAACAUCUGCUAUCAAUAGUGCUACUGAUGCUGUUGAUACUGCUGUUAGUAAAGUGUUUUCAAGUGUCGACCAAGCGGGGGAAUUGGCUAAUGAUAGAGUGGUGAGCUUCUCAAAUGACUUGAAGGAGGCCACUAGUAAAGUGGGUGCUACUGCUAUUGAUGUUUUAAGACAUGGUAUUGUUCUAGUGGAGGAUUCUUUAGCAAAUGGGGCCAGUUUUGCUGCUUAUUCUUAUGGAUCUGCUAAGGAGUUGCUUCCUACAGAGAUCCGGAAUGUGGUAAAUUUGUCUGAAGAGAAAGUAUUAGAAAUCUUGAGGCCUGCUGGCACAGCCUUGCAACAGUUCUAUGUUGCUGUUGAGGGGUUGGAGAGAAACCUUGGUUUGGAUCCCAGUGAUCCAAUUGUGCCUUUCGUUCUUUUCCUUGGAACCUCAGCCACUUUGUGGGUUUUUUACUGGAGACUAACUUAUGGUGGUUAUUCUGGUGAUAUAUCACCUCAAUUGACAUUGGAGCUCUUGAAAGGGAAGGAGAAUGUUGUACUAGUUGAUGUCCGGCCUGAGGAUCUGAGGGAAAGGGAUGGAAUUCCUGAUCUUCGGCGAGCAGCUCGAUUUCGAUAUGCAAGUGUAACUCUACCUGAGUUCAACAGCUCUGUACGAAAGUUAUUGAAGAGUGGAAGAGACCUUGAUGACUCCUUGAUUGCUGCUGUCAUUCGGAACUUAAAGAUUGUUCAAGACAGGUCCAAGGUCAUAGUUCUGGAUGCUGAUGGUAGUCGUUCCAAAGGCAUUGCAAGAUCUUUGAGGAAACUUGGGGUUAAGAGGCCAUACCUGGUCCAAGGUGGCUUUCAGUCUUGGGUGAAACAGGGUUUCCGUGUUAAAGAGCUCAAACCUGAGACAACACUUAGCAUACUUAAUGAGGAAGCAGAGGCAAUCAUAGAAGAUAUCAAUCCUACUCCAGUAAAACUUCUUGGAUAUGGUGUGGGUCUUAUUGCGGCAGUGUAUGCAUCAAUAGAGUGGGAAAAGACACUACAAUUUAUUGGCAUUUUUGGCCUUGGUCAGACCAUUUAUCGGCGAGUUGCUGCUUAUGAGGGACCUGAAGAUUUUAAGCAAGACGUGAGGUUGUUGCUCACUCCUGUUAGACUUGGAGCUCAAGCAUAUUCAUGGGCUGCCGGGAAAUUAGAAUCAAACGGCAUUGGACUACCAACAUCUCCUUCAUCCUUAGAUGUUCAAAACCGGGUAUUGCAGGCAGCUGCAAAACAUGAAUCUCAGCCCUCCGACACUGAAGAAACACAAGACCCAUUUCCGGAUUCAGCAGGUGCUGUUACUGAGAGUGUAGACCUCUCUGAAGCAUAGGUCAAUAUUUUCUUGGAAUGUAAGUAUUUCAAUUCAAGCCUUAUAUUGUGUAUGAGCAAUAAAUUGAGUAGUGCCGUUGUUGAGUUUAACACAGAUGACUGCUAUAUAGUGAAUGAAAAAUUCCAGUUGGAGACAUUUUGUAUGGGAGCUCAGAUGAGUUUUGUUCAAUCCCCUAAAUGGCUAAAUCCAUAGUUUCUCUCAA